AUGAAUCCACCGAUUCCCGGAGACGCUCAGUUACUCCGAGACGAACUCAAGAAGAAAGAGGCGGAGUUUGAGGAGAGAGAGAAAGCUUACGUUUUCAAACCCAACGUGGGCGAGGAGGAGGAGACGGAGGAGUUCAGUGAGAGCCUCCAUCUUGAGCCCGGGGAGAAUGUUCUGGAGCUUCAGAUCUCCAAUGUGUCCCUGUCUCCCUCUGCUCUCCAAUCUCUAUCGGACCCAGAGCCCUACACCUUCUGGGCCUACACCCUCCACCUAUGUGACCUCCACUCCACCACUUUCGUGAGUGGCCGUUGCCCACGCUACAGCUUCACCUCUCGGUACGUGGUGCGGAUGGACCAGGCAUUUUUGGACUGUAUGAUCCAGAGCACGGUGACUGUGAAGAUGUACCAGGUUCCUGGGCUGGACCAGACGACCAGACGUCUGGCUUCGGGACAGAUCCGUCUGCAGCCUUUGACGGAGCAGGAGGGGAAAAUACAUGGGACCGUUCCUCUCAUUGGUGCUGCCCCCUGCUGGUGACGAGGAGGAGGAAUCGUCUCAUUUCUCUGAAGGACAGAUCCUGGCCUCCAGCUCUCAGUCCGACGACUCAGACCAGAUCUCAGACCACAUGGAGGGUACAGUCAAAACAUGCAUAUAGACACAGAGCAGAAUUAUCCCAGAAAGUAUUCUAAAUGUACAAUAUUGUUAAUAAUAUGAACUGCAAUAAAUAAGUGAAAUGAAGAAAGAAACACUUAGAAGUAGUUUGUAUCUGUAAUGAGUCAUUGUCAUAAUUCAACCCUCUACAGCUCAAAUCUAAUGGUAGUACAGAAAAAUACUCACCCCAGUACAAAGAAAAAGCACGAUAAAUAUUGGCCCCAAAAAUGAUUCUUGCAUCUGUUAUGUAUAAUAAAAAGACUGUUUUUAUCUAGGGUAUAUCUAUAUUUAUAUAUAAUUGCAAUCACUUUGGAUAAUUUAUUUCUAAUUGUAUUUAUGUGUGAUUUCCAGUUUAAAUUUUGAUCUAUAGUUACUCCUAAAAAUUUAUUUUCAAAGACUCUUUGUAGUGGUGUAUUAUUGAGCAUAAUUUGUACAUGAUUUUGUACUUUUCGCUUUGCAAAUAUCAUAAAUUGAGUUUUUUCUAUGUUUAGUGAUAAUUUAUUAAUAUCAAACCAGACUUUUAUUUUCUGCAGCUCCCUCUCCACCAUUUGAUAAAGUUGCCUUUGGUCUUCCCCUGAGCAGUAGAGGGUGGUAUCAUCUGUUCAAUAGUUAAAUUCCACUUACACAGAACAGAGCAGCUGAACUCUGCAUCACUUCAUGUUCUGUCAUGGAGCAGUUCACACGGUCAUGUCUGACAGGAGAACAGAGAAUGAGCUGUAAACUUGCUCAGUUUUGAACAAAGUUACUCUCUCUGUGUGCCUUUACAAUGAGCUGACUCUGGCUACAGAUCGUGUCUGUAUGAUACACAGCUAGAUCCAUUUGGAAUCAUCUGUCUCUGUACUUAAUACAAAUUCAAAAGGAGGAUAUUUUUAAAACUAAAUUAAAGCAAAUUAUACUUAAUAAAGAAAUUGUAAUUAAAUGUUCAAAUAUAUCGGGUGACAGACUUGUGACACACUUUUUUUUUAUCUGUAUGUGUAAACUGAAUGUGGUAAUAUUGUUUAUAUGUACAAUAAACUUCAUAA